GAGAAAGGCAAGAUGCGAUGUAACAACGACGUAAAGCAUGUCGUUAAAAAACUCAGAAUUGAAAUUUCAAAUCGAAACAUAGAUGAAUUGCGCGAGCGCGCUUGUUAGAGAUGUUAGCAGACAGUGCCGCGAAAUAAUUGCGCUGGCGGGAAGGUCGGAGAAUUCUACAGAUCAGAAAUUAUGGCUGCUUUGUCACAGAGAAGUGUCGCCAAAACUGCAGGGAAGACGGCCCAGGUAAGAAACCUUGGAUGGGAUCUGCGGAUUCCAUAGUGUAAUGUAAAUCUUGCAGAAGAUCUUCGAUAACUGGGCGUAAACGAAAAUCGAGUUAAUAUCAAAGUCCGUUGUUCUUCGCUCAAAUUUGGUCAGUUUGUUCGUGCGGGAGAUUGGAACUCCAGGAAAAGCCGGUAAUAUGUACACAGUGUGUUAUGAUAUUCGUGUAAUUUUCAUACCCUACAACUUGGAAAUUCUGGGAUCAUAAAUCCGAAGGCGGCCGGGGGAGGGGAGGUGAACAGGCAUAAGCCAGUGGCAGAUCUGAAAGAGAGCUCCGAGAGCCACCUUUUGCCAGAACAGGUGCGGCAGGAAAUUUUUCCAAGUGUGGGUCUGACUAGUGACUUGAAGUGUGGAGGUUCCUCCACCCCUACAAAACUAUCUAAGGCCUGUGGGGGUAAGAUGUCAAACUACUAUAUUUUGUUCUCGAGACGAUGGCUGCCACUUAGUUGUUACCCAAGGACCUUGAUCUGCCAACAUCUGCCUUGUUUCCAACCUCAUGAUCCGCAGGGAAUGGAACAUCACUCUGUGGAUGAGGUUGCCUUGGUCGUUAACUGGUCAAGUUGCCCAAAUUAUGUUGCCCAAAAUCAGAGUUAAGUUUGUACAUUACCCCAGUACAUGUCACUCAGUUCAUUGACCUGUUAUGAUUUGGAAUUGGUAUGUCUUAGAGUUGAAAGUGAACACGAGCCAUUUCCAAGGACCUGUUAGGGUAAAAUUCCAACAAGCAACAUGGCCUUGAAACCGUGGCCUAGUUGUUCGAGGGCUGAUUAGCGCUUACCUGGGUUUCUUUUUCUUGUGUUCAAAAGCAUUUCCUCUGAAAAUUUUCUUGGUUAUUUUUAAAGCUUCCAAUAAUCAACUUGUAGACAAAAAGAAUUAAAACUGAAAUGAAUUUAAAGCUUCCAUAUCUGAAUUCAAAUCUUGCACUAACCCUGGGUUAUCUUAACCCAGCUUCAAACAACUUGGCCCAUAAAGCUAGAUAAAAUUGUGACAAAUGAUGUAAAGAGGCAUUAAAUACUGACAGGGACAUGGCCUACUCUUCAAAACACAGGCUAGGGACAUACAUUCCCCUCCCUCUCCCCUAGGAGGGCCUCAUUUCAGCUGCAAAAUCUGUUAUAUCUUUGUGAUACGGAAGUUUUAUGUUAAGUUAUCAUUUUUAGAUGUGGAUUAUGUGCCCUGAGCAUGGCAGCAGAGUUGUUACAAAAACAAGAUAACGAUGGAGCAAUAUGUCCAAUGGAGGAAGCACAAGAACUGGACAACUUGCUGAAAAUGGCACAGGCAAGAGGGUUUUCUUACCAGGGUGAAAUGUAUUCAGCAGAAAAUCUUGCCAAACUUGCCAAGGAGUUUUAUGGAUUUGAAUAUUUAGUAACAAGAACUGCAUUUGAAGAUACCAGUGAUAAUUUUGUCAUCUCUGAAGUGCUGAAGGGAAAUGCUGUACUGAUACCUUAUGAUGCAGAUAAAAACCAUGAACCCUGCUUGGAAAAUGGCCACAGAGCACACUGGGCACUUAUCACAGGUCAGUUCAAGAAAUGGUUCAAGGCUACCCUUUCAUUCCUCUGGGUUUGUACUCUUUUGGGCUCUUCAAAUUCCAUGACUUUCCGUAACAUUUCCCAUUACCUUUUGAAUUUUUCCAUGAAGUUCAACAAACAGUUCAACAGACACAUAUUCAAGUGUCGCACUGCUGUUCAAUUACUCGUCUCCAUUCUACAUUGUCCUUGCUUUGACAUCUGCAGUGACAAUCUACUGAACAUACAGUAACUUAAAUUUUCCAUGACCUUUCAGCAAGAAUUAAAUUUCAUGACUUUUCAGGUUGUUUCCCUGAUAAGCUCUAUUAACCCUGUUCCUAAGCUGCAGAUGAGAGAUGGAUUUAUUGCAUUUUUCCUGUCAACUUCAAAGGGAACAGUUCAUUGAUUUUCUAAGGCCAUCACACUCGAUAUGAUACAGAAGAUAACUCUCUGACAGCAUUAUUCAUUACUCAAGGACAACUAUUUUGUUGUUGUAGUUCUUUGCAAACUACGUCACAUUCAAUGCAACAGUGUGUUUAAAUUUAAUUAUAGCGUGUGCUAAAAGCAUCUAAGCUGAACACGUCAACUUCUAUGCAAGCAUUUUUUUUUACUGUUUUUGGAAGUCUUUAUAUUGAUACCAAGAGAGAGUUUUAAAAAGGCUUUAAAGAUGAGACAAAAAUGGUUUUACAAGUUAUAUUGAGAUGGAAAACUACUCAUUCAGUGAAAAUAUUUAUUUGAACAUAUAUGUAACAGAAGACUUUGCAAGAAAUGAAUAUUGCACAUGCCAUAGUGCAUGCAGAAGACAACACAAAUGUCAUUCACUCUCAAUCUAGCCAAUCAAAAAAUUGAAUUUUCUUUCUUGACCAGAUCUCGCCUUCAGCUUCAUCAACAAGAGAUCUGGGUACGAGAUUAUAUUGAAAUAAUUUAUUAUAAUAGUGACUUUUAAUUAUUAUUAUUAUUAUAUAGUUUACAAAAUAAUGUAUAUUAUUACUUACAGGUAUCCUUUGUGAACUAGACGGCAACAGUUUUGAUUGGACAAUGUGCAAGCAAGAUGACAAUAUGCCCAGGUUAUUUCAUGCAAGUCCAUCCUCUAAGUUUAUCUUACCUCAAAAUGGCAAGUUCCAAAAUACCUACUUAUGUGUAAAGCAUGGCAAAUCAAGGCACACAGCAGUAUGGACACUAGAAAGUUUAAGACGUAGCAAUGCAAACCUGUUUGAAUUAGAUCCAUCUAAAGAAAGGGAAACAGGACAGUAUCUUAUUCCUGAAGGGGGAUUGUGUAAAGAACUUUGUGGGAAGGUAGUGGCUUUGUUUUCUAAAGCGUAG